GUGUGAGUGGGCGCUGUCUGCUCGCGAUGGAGGGGCGACGCUUCGACCGUCAGCGUCGUGACUCUGCAAAGAGCACCGCCGCACCCACACUGCCCUCCACGCAGGACCAGAACUUCCAUCUGCGUCUGGCCGAUCUGUACGGGCAGCACGCGUGCCUCUGGAACACAUCGCUGGCCGAGUACCAGAACGUGGAGCUGAAGCGCCAGGCCUGGGACACCAUCGCCGGCGAGCUGGGCAGCCAUCUGAAUGUGGCCUUUGUGCGCAGCAGGAUCAGCAGCAUGCGGCACCAGCUCAACGUGUACAAGCUUCAGAUGAUCGAGUACAAGAUGUGCCCCGGCCUCGGCCAGGAGCCCGAGAAGCCAUACCACCUGGACGCCUUCGCCUUCCUGGACACGAUCCACGCGCUGCCAGAGCUAGAUGCACGUCCCAGGCCAGACCAGGAGGCCAAGCAGGAGCUUGGCGCGGGGCAGGCGCCCAAAAGAGACUGGCGGCUGCAGAGCCCGGCGACGCAGCCAGAGCAGGGCGACCGACCCGGCGACAGCCAGUUUACGUAUCACAAUGCCAUGAGCAUCGUGAAAAUGGUCAAGCAGCGGAUGGCUGCUCACCAGCAGCUCCCAAAGCCGAGCAUGUCCCAUCCGCAGCUGAUGUCCAGCAUGGCCAGCUUGAACGGCAGCCAACAGAUGUACCUGGAUGCCCAGGCAGCCACGCCGCCCAAUCUGCGGGCACGUCCGGGCGACUCGAUCUCCUCCACCAAACUGUCAACACGGGCCAGAGAGAUUCGCAUGAAUGAGCGCGAGAGGGAGCGGGAGAGGGAGCAGGAGCGAGCCCGAACAGAUGAAAGACCAACGACAUCGAAACCCCGACAAACGGAGCUGGGAGAGAUCCAGUCGGAGGAAAUGGAACUGUACCGCCUCCACUGGAGCGUCCGCCAGCAGAUGCGCUCCCGCCGGCCCUCUCGCGCGAACGCCUCUCCGGAGCCAGCACCGCCGUUGCCCAAGAGACAGGACUCACCCGACUCCGACUUCAGUAUGAAACCAAAUAUAUAAAGCCCAAACUCAACCACAACCACAUCCACAUCUAUAUACAUAAAUACACCACACUGUACACACCACAAUGCUCACACCAUUACAAGUAGUGUGCAUCAUCAGCUUACCAGAACCGCAAUAAAGUUACGUACAUA